AUGGAAAAGUGUGGUGUAUGCAGUGAAAAUUUGUCGGAAGGUGCUCAUUGCGCAACAUGCGAGCAAUGGUUGCAUUACCAAUGUGCAGGAGUCACCAAGUCGGGCUACCAGAGGCUCUCCAAGGACAAAAAACUCAAUUGGCGUUGUGUGAAGUGUAAACCAACAGAGACUGCACAUCCACCAAUCUCUCCUAGACCUGAAUCCGAAUCGGACCCCACGGGCACCGAAGCUGUCCUGACUGAGAUACGUGCCCUGUCAGCAAAAUUUGCACCAUUGGAAGGACUAAAAGAGGAGGUUUUAGCCCUGAAAAAAGAAUUUCUGGACUUUAAAUCUUCUAUGAAUUCGCAAUUCUCCGACGUCGUCAAUGAAUUCAGAUCGAAAAUUAAUGACAUGGAGCAGCGCAUUAAUCUUAUGGAAAAAGUCCAAUGUCAAGUUGAUCAACUCCAGGUGCGAAUAGAUAAACUAGAGGAAGAUUCGAAUAGGAAUGAACAAUGGCUUCGCAUGAACAACAUCGAGUUAAAGGGAGUUCCACAGUCUAACAAUGAAAACCUUUUUGAUAUUGUGACCAAGAUCGGAGCUAGAAUUAAUUAUCCGGUAUCAAAAAAUCUAAUUAACUUUAUAUCUAGAGUUCCAUCUCAACAAAAAGAACACAUCAAACCUAUAAUAGUAGGUUUCUGUAACAGAUAUAUAAAAGAAAACUUCGUAGCUGCGGCCCGAUAUGAACUGAAGACAUCCCCACUCACGGUCAGUCAAUUAGGGCUGUCCGGUAAUCAAAAAAUAUUUAUAAAUGACCACCUAACCCCAAAAAAUAAAAGUCUUUUGUCAAAAGCAAAGAAGACGGCGGCUGAAAUGAAUUUUCAGUAUGUGUGGGUCAAACACGCAAAGAUCCACGUAAGAAAAUCGGAUACCACCCCAGUGAUCAUGGUCAAAUCAGAAAAGGAUCUAACAAAAAUAGUGUAA